AGAUACCUUUGAUAUCACGUCGAAAAAUCAAAUUAACAAAACGUAUUUGGUAGUAUGCAAUCGGCCAGUGACCAGUAGAUAAUUUAUCAAACUUCAAGAACGCUCCGACCGGAUCAACCUGGCUCCUCAACUUUUAAAAAGUGAACCAAAAAAAAAAACCAACUGAAAAUGAUUCUAGUGAAACUGAUUGAAGACGGACUCGGAUCGCCGCCCGAAUGGGCCGCUGUGGAAGUGCAAGGUGAGCUCGAAACCCGCCGGCAUACGCCGCUCGAACGCCAGUACGUCGGUGACCUGUUUGCGACCAUUCAUGAUGGCGUGCCCAUAUUGAUCAUCGGCCAUCAUAUCCUGUACGGCAAAGCGCAGACGUUCGAGAAGCCAUUCGCCGUGAUGAAGAAGUCGGAUGCGGAUGAGUACGUGGUCGAGGCCAUUGUCACCAAAAAGUUGCUCUUCAAAAACCGGCCCAAGCCUAUCAUUGCCUGUCAUUCCGAAGACCUUUGAACGUGUCCGGCGCCCAGUAUUUGGUCUUUUCCAUUAAAAUUGUAUUAUUCGUCGUUUUUACACAAUGCUUUAUUAUUAUACAAAUAAUAUGUAAUUUAUAUUUUCCCCCGACAUGACGUGAUCUGAUUUCUGUCGAAACAAAAACUAUAUUGUAAUAAAGUACCUACCAUACAAUAUACAUUAUUUUUCCGAAC